CAGGAGUAAUAUGGAUUGGGAUAGCAGGCGACAUGAGGGACAGGCUGAAGGUGGUCGGCCACGGCCUGGACGCCGUCCGCCUUGUGCAAUGCCUGCGCAGGAAGUUGGGCCACGCGGAAAUCCUGCAGGUGGAGGGGGUCAAGGCCAAAGAGGCACGGCCGGAGCCGGUGGUGGUGGUGAACACCGAAGAGGCGCGGCCGGCAGACGACGGAAUCCGGGCAGUUUUUACCAAAUUGCUGUCCAAAUUCAUGUGGUCGCGCACUCGAGGAAGUAUUUCUCGUCCACCACUGUCGCCGGCUGCAUCGAGUGCCCCGCGCUCCCAUCUCUCCUCGGAUGUGUCGCCGUCCUCCACAGCCGUCAGCGCGGCCUCGCCGCCCUACAGGGCGGCGGCCCGGCGCGACGUCGACGGCGCACCUUCAACAUGUCCAGGGUCCGCCUGAGCGCGCCCCGGUUGGCCGCGCCCGCAACGCGCCGUCUCCCGACGCCGCCGGAGCUCGGGGUGCCGCGUGACGGGCCUGCUCGUGCUCUCCAAGAGUGCGUUCGACGGCCCGCUUCCUCCGGCGGUGAUCGCGGCGGCGCUCACGGGAGCCCUCUUUCUGGUUGUAAUGCUGU